CUCUGCAGCCUCGGCCAGCGCAGAAGCUCCGGGGCUCGCUGCGUGUCUUCCGGUAAUUGUUAUGUAGCAAAGUCGCUCCAAAUUCCACAAAAAGCUGCAAAUCUGCGCAGAAACCGGGCGAAAAUGUCUAAGGGCCUGGCGCUGUUGGAACAGUCGCUUCUGCAGUACGACGAGGAGCGACUCCGGGCGAGAUUACCGCUGGAUCCGCGCACGAUGCUCCAAAAACGAGACGUCAACACUCUCUCGAUGAGCCCGAGAGACGACGGCUGCCCCGAGAUGGUCAAAAAGGACGACGGGCAGUUCUCGAUGGAGCUGCCGUUCAACACCGUGAUCGUGAAAAACAAAUGCGACGCAAAGGACGGUCGGGACGGAGACGGAGAGAGGAGGAGAGGAGGAGGACGGGAAGACGACGGGGAAGAAGAGAGCGACGACGAGGAGGAGGACGAGGAGAGCGAAGAGGACGAGGACGAGGACAGCGAGGAGGAAGAAGAGGAGGAGGAGGAGGAGGAGGAGGAGCCGGGCUGCAGCUCAGAGACUAAAGGGCCGGUGCUCAGUUCGUUCGACUCGGAUUCGGAAGAGUGGGAGCCUCCCGCCAAAAGAGCGAGUGAAGAGGAUGGAGGAGGAGGAGCGGCAGCAGAGGACGGGAAAGAGACAAAACAAAAAAGUGUCCCGCCCUUUGUGAUCAAGCGAGACAUUGGCUCUUUUGUUUUCCACAACUGUUCGCUCAAAGAAAACAGGAACUCCAGAGCGAACGAACCGCACAGAGAACUAAACCGAGAGAAGGAGAAACCGAGCUGCAGCGCUGAGACGCCUGCCCCGAAAAACAACACACCCAACGCCCAACCAGCCCCCGCAACCGCCCCCAAACCUGCCCCUCAAAACAACACCGCCCCCAGCCUCGCCCCAGCCCCGACCGCCCCGCCGCCCAACAACGCCUCGGGAGCACCGACGGACGCGCAGAAACCGGCUUCGAAACGCAAAAAAACGCAGCCCAGCCCGGACGGAGAAGUUGUGAAAACCACAAAACACAAAUGCGCCGACUGCGGGAAGUUUUUCCAGUGCGAAGCGCAUUUACAGAGACACAUGCUGAUCCACUAUGGACUGAAGCCUUUCGAGUGCCCCGUCUGCGACAAGGCCUUCAGGUAUAAGUCCAGUUACAAAGCUCACUUGAACAUGCACACGGAGGAGAAGCCGCUGAGCUGUUCCAUUUGCGACAAAGGCUUCACCCAGUCGCGCGACCUGAAGAGACACAUGCUUUCCCACACCGACGAGAAGAACUUUGACUGUCCGGAGUGCGGCGGCAAGUUCAAACACAAGCACAAUUUGAUCCGGCACAUUUCGGUCAUCCACAAAGCGGAGAAAAGGUACCCGUGCCCGAUGUGCGACAAGGCCUUCGCUCAGAAACACGAUUUCAUGACGCACAUGAGGACUCACUCGGGAGAAAAGCCCUUCACCUGUCACGUUUGCACCCGCAGUUUCGGAGCUAAGGGCACGCUAAGAACCCACAUGAAGGUGCACAAGAAAACGGGGUCCAAGGACGCGCCGGAGGAACUCGCGUUCGAGACGGGAGACGAAAGCGUGUCGGAUUUGUAAAUGUUUCCUGGACUUUUAAGGUGCCGUGUUUUUAAUGGCAGUGAAAGAAAUUAACCGGAAAAGGGUGUGUGGUGUUAAAAACAUCGAAAUAAUCAUAAAAUGUUGUUACACAUGUCUUUACUCAUACCAGCGAGCUCUUGUUCUGCACAGAGAUAUGCAAGUUAAAGGGGCAGUAUUACGCUGUUUUCUGAUCUGGUCUAAUGCCGUUUCCUCGUCACAAACCGACCUGGAGCUGUGUUUUGUUUCGUUCACACAUGUUCUGAGUUCUUCUCUCAAAAAGAAAACACUCUGUUCCGCCUUGUGAUGUCAUGUGGUAAUACAGGAAGUGCUCCACUGUGUUCUUUAACUCCGUAUCAAUCCUGAGCUCUCAACAGGGCCGCUGAUUCAAGCCAAUGUGCCGAGCUCAGUGGUUCGCGUCUCCAGAUUCACCUUCAGGGGCGAGGUACACCCGGUGGCUCCCUGCCCGUAGAACAUGUGCAGUAGUGCUUUUGUGUGCGAGGAGCGUGGUCUCGUGUGUCAUGUGACCAAUCGGAGCGAGAAGAGCUAAAGCAGACCCCGAGUGAACGAUUAAUCAAAUCAAAUCAGUUUUUAUUGUUAUAAGUCUGUGCAUACAACUGUAGUGCAGGCAAGAUGAAUUUACGUUUCUCUAGGUAUGAAUCAUGGAUCUAUUAAAAUAACUGGAUUCACUGGAACUUCAGCAGAAAAAAUCCCAUGGGCCGAGACGAGAUUUUUCUCUUAGAGGCAAUGUAAUCACAAGCUGCUUGUGUUCGUCUGACAGAUCACCUACAGCUUUCAAAAAUGUCGGAUUUUGUGGCGAUUUUUACCUAUUUUUAGAUCAUAAAAUUUUUCUCAGCUCAAAACCCUUCAGUUGUCUUAAAAAACGCUUUAUAAUCGUUUCAAUCAAUAAAAGAACAUAACUUAAAAAAAUAAAUAAAAGAACAUAAUUUCAACACACUCACCACCCUCCCCCUGCCCCAACACAUCCAUUUACCCUCCCUGAGACAGAUCCGGUUAGUGCCAGUGCCAGUAAAAGUGACUGAGUGAAAUAAAUACUAAAAACUAACCUAAAACAGUAAUAUACAUAUAAUGUACAUGAUGUACGUAAGGGGCAGGAGGAGGAGUAGUAGUAGGAGUUAGGGAUGGGCAUGAUUAAUCGAUUAAUCGAUAAUUGAUCAUUAAGAAUUUCAUUGAUUACGUUAAUUUUAAUCGACAAACUGAAUGUAUGUUUGUGUGUCGUGACCAAACAGGUGUGUACAUGUGUCUGUGCAUCAGAAGGAGCGAGACACAAACAGUGGGUCAGUCUGUAACAAACCGAAGCACAAAUGUGGAUUUAACAAUGACUUGUACAAGAAAUUCCACACUUUCCGUUGCGUUGGGACAAGUGUGAGUCCAUGUGCACAGUGGAUAAAGCAGCACAUAUGUUUCUGUGUCCAGUGGGAAAAAGUUUUUCCAGGUGAGAGUCGCUCAAAGUGGAUGACGAGGCCCCGCCCCCCUCCCCCCGUACGCUGUCCUGGUUUUGACAAACACAAAUCUGGUCACACUGACCUGUAUUCACCUGAGUCAUGUCUUUUAAUCCAACACAAGUUGAACCACAUCAGCGACACAAGAGCUGGAGUUUUAUCUUCACUUAGUUUAUGUAAAUUAGCGAUGUGGUUUUAAGUUUUGUUUCUGUGAGAUUUGAACAAAACUGAAUUAAACACAUUAUAAUGUCAAACAGCUGAUGUGGCUCUAGAGUCGUUACGGUUUAUAUGUCGUAAAGUUGAAUUUAUUUAUGCAGAUUAGUGCAGAUAGUAAUAAUAAUGAUGAUCAUUUUAAUAUAAAAACGUUAAUGAUUAAUCGAUAAUCAAUCGUUAAUUCUUCCGACGAUCGAUUAAGAAAAUUUCAUCGAAUGCCCGUCCCUAGUAGGAGUAGUAGCAGUAAUAGCAGUAGGAGAAGUAGUAGUGACAGAUUUCAGAUCAAGUGUUGAGCGUCCUAAUGUCUUGUGGGAGGAAGCUGUUCAUCAGUCUGGUGUUUCUGCCUCUGAUACUCCAGAAUCAUUUUGAAAAGUUUUUGUGUAGAGGGUGAGUUUGGUCCUUGACAAUGUUCAGGUUCCUGCUUCUGCAGCGGCUCCAGAAAAGUUCUUGGACAGAGGGGAGGGAAACUCCGAUUACCCUCUCAGCUCCUUUAACUUUUUAAGUUGUCUUAAACAGCUGUUUUUUAAGACAACUUUUUAAAACAACUUAAAAACUGAAGGAUUUUCAGCUGAGAAAAUGUUUAUGAUCUAAAAAUAGGUGAAAAUCGCCACAAAAGCCAACAUUUUUGAAAGCUGUAGGUGCCCUGUCAGCCGAGCACGAGCAGGUUGUGAUUUCAUUGUGCUGUAUGGGGAAAGGGCAGGAGGGAUUUUUUCGCUGUGGUUCCAGUGAGUGUCCACUACGCCAACUAGAGACAGCGACAUGCAGCAACACCCUGUCCAGGUAUUUCAAUAGAUUCAUGCUCCGUACACCUUCCACUAGAAUCGUUUGGCAAAUCCAGGGCUGAAAUGAUCCGAUCUCUACUAAACAACAGGUAAAAAUGAUUUUUAACUCGAAAACUACCGAUUCAUGACAUCACAAGGUGGAACAGAGCGUUUUGAGCUUUGGAGAUGUAGACAGACUAAUAAUAAAGUGUUACUCAAACAUGUGUGAAUGAAACAAAACACAAGUCCAGGUCUGUUUUUGAGGAGGGAACAACAUUAAAACACGACUUAAAGCUUCACCAGAGUCAGUUUUGCGUAAUACAAAACCUUUAAUGUGCAGUUUAGGGCUAAAAAUGCAUCAGAAUUUCUAACUGCUUCAGUCUUGCGUUCGCUCCAAACCCAAACUGAAUACUGACCAUUAGAAAUAACUCAAUCCCGACCAGAAUUUGAUUAAUUGCACAGCUCUAGGUGUAACCCAGAGACUCUAAUGGGUCAAACGCAGAAGACAAUUUAUACUAUAGAGACUAAAGAGCACCUUAAUCUAAGUCAUAUUGUAGUAUUUGAAACUUUCAAUUUACACACUUCAGAGUCCACUGUGUAACUUUUCCCGUCUGCCUUGCGCUUGUCUCUGUGGAGAUGGUUUUGCGUUGCCUGAAAUGUUCCACAGUGGGGUAUUAAACAUCUUUUAUCUAGCAUUUAUUCAAUUACAGGUGUUUUUACUGCUCAAAAAUGCACAUUCUUACUGUGAGCGGACUCGCCUCUCCGCAGAUCUGACCUGUUGCUCCACGGAGACGGAUAACUGUUUAAGUAAUGACACACUGUGGAACACCGAAGGCAAAGCAGCGACUUCUCCGUGGAAACGGGCCACCAACUACGAAAGUUACGCAGCGCGGCUUUAAAACUGAAGCUGUUAAAAUGUUCGUUAUUGUUCAGAUUUCAAAAUAAUGCAGCUGGCGUUUCGAAACGGUCGCGCCCACAGUUCCAGAAGUACAUUUUCUGUUCAUUUUUCCUACAGACUUUUCCAAAAAUUCAAAUAUUAAGAGUUCCAAAACAUUUCAGAGGCAAAUCAGAUACGUCCUAACUAAUUUAUUGGCAGUGUUGGGAAGUUUACUUUUAAAAUGUAAUCCCCUACAGAUUACAGAUUACAUACACCAAAAUGUAGUUUGUAACGUAAUCCAUUAAAUUACUUAAAGUGAGUAAUGUAAUCUGAAUACUUUCCAUUACUUGACUAGUCUUGGUUUAGUCCUGUUAAAUCCUGUUUUAGACCUGGUUUAGUCCUGGUUUAGUCCUAGUUUAGUCCUAGUUUAGUCCUGGUUUAGUCCUGGUUUAGUCCUGGUUUAGUCCUGGUUUAGUCCUGGUUUAGACCUGGGUUUAGUCCUGCUUUAGUCCUGGUUUAGUCCUCGUUUAGACCUAAUUUAGACCUGGGUUUAGACCUGGGUUUAGUGUCUGGCAAUGAGUGGAAUUACCGACAGGGAAAAAAAAAUAAUAAAAUAGCCCCAGGAUAUAGCCCCAAAUGUGAGAACAGGAAAAUCCCUCUGUGUAAUCCAUUCAUUUCAACAAAGUAACUGUAAUCCAAUUACCACUCACUGAAACAGUAACUGUAACUGAAUACAGUUACUCAUCAUUUGUACUCUGAUUACGUAACUCCGGUACAUGUAAUCUGUUACUCCCCAACACUGUUUAUUGGUUGUUUAAAGUCCAAAAAAACGCUUUUAAAACACAAGAUUUGGCUAAAUUUGUUUAAUUAAGUUUCAGAAAUAGACUUUAAAUAAGGUUAAAGAUCGUUUGGUCAUUGGUUCCACAGAGAUGAUGAAUCCUGAACUUUCAAACUUUUAAUGUUUUGUUUUGUUUUUAUUUGUUUUUUUUUAUUUUUGUUUUUUCGGAAAGUCUAUGAGAAAAAUUAAUGGGAAAUUUAUCGGAACUAGGGAGCUCAAUUUACUAGGGAGUCAAUGUUGAGCUCCACUAAUCUGGAGAUAUGCAAAUUUAAAAUAUGAAAUACAUAAUUUAAAAAAAUAUAUAUUUACGAUAAAAUGUUUGGAAAAAGAGCAGACUGAAAAUAAAAAUAACCUAAACUUGUUGAAUAAUCUUCCGAAAACAGGGUAUAACCUUAAACUUUCAUUGUACUAAUUCCAAAACCUACAGAAAUGUGACUUUUUUGUUAGUUGAUACUUCGCAGUGACUUCUGGCUGGGGGUGUUCUACAUGUACGUGUGUGGCGCACUGUUCGGCGGUUACCACGGAGACCAAAUGCACUUAUUAUUAGCAAUAACUGCCAAAAAAAAAAGUUUAAAGAUGGUCUGAAAACUCAAGAAAAAGUACAAAAUUGAUUUAAACGGCGCUUUUUCAGGAGCCUGUGUCCUGUUCAGGAGUUUGAUUUUCUACAAAUCCGACUUUUUCGCUGUGUCUGAUCUUUUAAUGACAAUCUGUGUAACAAUUUGUGACCAUUCAUUUUGCAAUAUAAAACGAAAAAUAAGAAAAGGAAAAAAAAACAACUAUUUUACUCAUUAUUUUUUUCUAAAAACAAAAUGAAAAAACAGAUAAUGAUUUGUUUUUUCAGUUUCUGAUUUUGUGUUUAAAUGAAAAAUGGAAAAAAUGGAUAAUGGACUGAACCAGAAAUAAAACAGGACUGAACCAGAACUAAACUGGUCUCAGUCCCGGCCCUGGUCCCGGCCCUGGUCCCGGCCCUGGUCCCGGCCCUGGUCCCGGCCCUGGUCCCGGCCCUGGUCCCGGCCCUGGUCCUGGUCAGUCCUGAUCACCUGACAGCCUAUGUGGGCACACCUCCAGGCCUGUCCCGAUACUUCUGGAUCAGUUCUGUUUUAGUCCUGUUUUAGUCCUGGUUUAGUCCGGGUUCAGUCCGGGUUCAGUUCGGGUUUAGUCCAUUAUCCAUUUUUUCCAUUUUUCAUUUAAACACAAAAUCAAAAAAUGAAAAAAAAAACAAAUUAUUAUCUGUUUUUUCAUUUUGGUUUUGGAGACAAAUAAUGAAGAAAAUAGUUGUUUUUUUCCUUUUCUUAUUUUUGGUUUUAUUUUGAAAAACAAAAGAGAAAAUGAUACACUGCUUAAUGACUGACCAACACCGAUUUUUUUUCAAAUGUGACCCAGGCCACUUGGAUAUGUGCUCCUAAAACCGAUACCUGUUUGAUCUUUUGACAUGUGACUUCAGUCUGAAUGGUCAGGUCACAUUCAUCCCACCUACACGUCAGGCUCAGAGUCUCAUCAGUGGAGAGAAAACGACGUUAGGGAGUUUGUUCAUAUUUGGGGGGAUCGCUGUAUUCAGGCCAAGUUGGAGGAGUCUUAUCAGAACCGGGUGGUAUUUUUGAGAUGGCUUUGGCUCAGAUUUCACAAAAAAAUCUGACUUGAACGUUAAGCCCUGCGGUCUGAACGUCGCCUAAAUCAGCUUUUUCUGGUCAGAUUGUGUUAAAACGAAGCUCGAAUUAAAGUCUUAACAGAGCCUCAGACAGAGCAGUGCCUCAGUUAGCGUCACACCCCCAGCAAAUGUUGAUGACCUCAGCUGCAAAGUAUCAAAUAUCGCUCUAUGCCGACAACACUCUAGAUUAAAUUACGUCAAAGUUUAAUUUAUUUCUGUGUUAAAGUCACGAAAAGAUAAUCACGGUAACAAUUUAAUUUAGGGACCACAUGUUAAUAACUAGUUUAUAGUAAAAUAAUAAGUAUAAUAAGUGCUUAAUUACAUCGUUGUUAGUAUUUAUAAAGCACUUUUCAUGCAUUUUUGUCUAUUAUUAAGUGUUUUCUUCCUGUUAAAUUACAAUCGCUGUUUCUGUACAUCCUCUGAAAUCUUAAUAAGUGUUUAAUAAAUACUAACUAAUAGCUAAGUAAGAGCUAAUUAUCACUUUUCUAACGAGGAAUAUGUGGUUCCUAAACUAAAGCGUUACCGUAAUCAUAUUUAUAAGGUUCUUUUUAUAAAUAAUCCAUCGUUGUUGACUAUAGCAAAGGCAUUUCAUUUCUUUCUAGUGCGUAGAGCCUUAAAUCGAGAUUUUUUAACAUUUUCUAGAUGUUCUUUAGGCUCAUCGAAAUGGAAUAAUCAUGGAGUAAGUUUUGUUACAUGUUAGAACAACCGUCCAAGUAUUAUUGUGCACUUUUUAAAGGUUUUAUAUUACGCCAAAGUGACUCUUGUGAGAUUUAAGUCGUGUUUUAAUGUUGUUUUGUCCUCAAAAACAGACCUGGAGUUGUGUUUUGUUUGUUUGUGUUUUGUUUCAUUCACACAUGUUUGAGUAACACUUUAUUUUUUAUUUAGUCUGUCUACAUCUCCAAAGCUCGAAAUACUCUGUUCCUCCUGGUGAUGUCAUUAAGAGGUAGUGUUAAAAUGAGCAGCUCCUUUUACCUUUUAGUUCAGUCGAGAUCGGCAAGUCCAGAGCUGAAAUGAUCCAAAUGAUUCAAGACAAAGCAGGUUUAUUUGUACAGCACAAUUCGUACACAAACAAAUCCAAAGUGCCCCAAAAAAUGCCCUGGACGCCUUUACGUUUGAGUUCGGACGCCCACGACGUACGGACGAACGGCGUAAAAAUACUUGACGCGAGUCCAGGGCGUCGCUGUGGUCGGCGAGUGCCUUGUUUUCCCAGUCGAGAGCGACUUUAGUGUACAGCGGCCCCUCGUUUAUCGCGGGAGUUACGUUCUCAAAAUAACCCGCGAAGUAGUCAGCUUUAUUUUUUACAAUUAUUUUUAUAUCUAAGCAAAAGAUGUUCAUUUUGUCUUCUUAUAUACUUUAACUUCUUGGGUUCUUUUUAAAGACAAUGCAGUAAAGUGUGUUUACCUUGUUGACAUGUUUCUGCUGCUGCAUCUUCAGAUCUGUCACCGGUGUUGGUGGUGACGUGUCGUAUAUCAGCUGUUGUUACUUCCUGUAGGCGUGGUCAGCCUGAUGGACCUGCAGGUCGCUCAGACUGACCACGCCUCCUGUCGCCCGGUGUCUCUGGAGGAGGGUGUCCCAGGUGUGUGAAAGGAGGAACGCGCCGUCGUCACGGUUAAUGCUGUCCGUGCCUCGUUUCCUGAUUUCAAUGGCCUCAAUACAAUCACUAUUCUACCCGCAGAUAAAGGCAGGACAACAGUUAUAUUGGACACAAAAACAUACGAACAAAAAAUGCAAACACUACUCGCAGACACCGACACCUACGAAAUUAUCACAAAGAACCCGACAGAAGAAAAGAAACGAGCCCUGAAAACAUUACUCAAAUCACUAUUAGAACAGAAAAAAAUCACUCGAGAAGCAAACAACGACCUAAUCCCUACAGCCAGCAAGAAGUUAUUUUUAUAUCUGUUUUAACGCUGUAAAACCUGUCAGCACACACUUUAUACGCUUUUCUCAUACAGGACAGUUACAAUCCUUUUUACGUCCUUAAAACUUUUUGCUGCUGUCGUUCUUAUGUUAUUUUCCUCCUUCUUUAUGUAACGAACCCAAGAUUCGUUUAUUCCGUAAUGGCGCCUACAGCCGCGUAACUUCGACCUUCCUUCAGCGUGUCCAGAAGUCCAACUUUUUGUGCAAUGGUGCAGAACUUUUUUGUCGACAUUGUGGGGAGAAAACUCGCAAACUUACAGCACUUCAGAAUCUCACUGAUACAGAUCCAACAUUUAUGUAAAUCUGUCAAACUGAACACAUUCCGUACUGUACAGGAGACACGGCACGGGGGAGAUUGACAGUGGUCCCUCAGCCAAUCAGGACGCAGCGGGAGGAACACAAUGCGCAUUCAUUAGGCUGCAUUGUUUGCCCCAAUGUUAGAAAUUCAGCUUGCACCCAAUUUUAAAAUGUGAUGAUAUCAAUUAAAAGAAAAUCUGUGGAAUAUUUGCUCAACUGAACAAAAUCUAGGUCCACCAAGACUCUUAAGUUCCAACGGAUACUAGGUUCAGAUUGAUUUUCAAAAUGUUUUCAAAAAGUUGGGCAAAUGAUGCACCCUAACGUUUAUACGCUGUAAACCAAAGCAUGCAAAAUUGCACAAAAUAAAAAAUCAGCAAAACGGCGAGACCACAAAAGGUGAACAGUGAUAUAGUGAGGGACGACUGUAACAUAAAACACACCUGCGGCGAUUGGCGGCGAUGUGUAUAUAUUUAUACUCCGCUAAUGACACUGGUUCAGUCCUGGUCUAGUUUAAGUUCAGUCCUGGUUCAGUCCUGGUUCAGUCCUGGUUCAGUCUUGGUGUAGUCUUUGCAAGGAGCUUGGCGGUUGCGGCGUGUAUAUAUACUUACUUUCCGCUAAUAACAUGCCGUAGAUUUCUUGUUCUGGUGUUUGUUCUCUCUGGUCUUUCUCUUUCUUCUUCUUCUUCCGGAUAAUAACGUCUCAGCGUCUCUACGUCUGUGGAUAGUCGUUCCUGAUUGGUUGAUGUGGCGCGUCCGUCGUCAAAAGUUCAGCAUCUUCAACUUCAGGCGUCAGCGCAUCCAGAGCGUUGACGCCUGAACGCUCAAGACAACGCCAGAAAACGCAGGACGGCCUAGACACACGUCCACACCGACUUCGCGUGUGAACUGUUCGUCUUUAGAAAUACAUUAAAAUCACGAUACAAACAAACCGAAACAUAAAUCAUCAUCAUAAAAUAAAAUAAAAAAGAGAAAGAGACAUUGAAUGCGAGAGAAGAGCGCAGAUUGAAAACCUUUGAGCUGAUUUUAGCUGCGUCAAACUGAAACGCUGACUGAUUUUAGUGAAGGUGCUGAAUUUAAAAACACCAGCGACCGUAAACGAAAAAAAAAAAAAUCCUUACAUUCUUUCAUUCUUAUCGUUGUUUGUUUCGCGCGAUCAUAAACGAUAAACUUUUUUGCCUUCGUUAACAUUAUUAUUAGAUUGUACAACCAUAAACGGGGGGACAAAAAAUAUAUAUAUAUAAAAAAUAAGAAGAAGAAGAACGAGGAAGAAAGAAAUUUCUGGUAGAGACUUUGGUUUGUAAAAUAUUCGGCGCAAUGACUUUAAACAGUUCAACACCGUAGAAACCUUAUAUAAACUGUUGUGUUUUGGAAAAUAUGGAGCUCUGGAGUUGAUGAAUUGUGCAUUGAGUUUUGUUUGUUUUAAUUUAUAAAAAAAAAAAAAAAAACACCGUGGAGCACUUCCUGUAGCACCCCAUGACAUCACCAGGUGGAACAGAGUGUUUUCGUUGUGUUAAACGUGUGUAAAUGAAACAAAACACAACUCCAGGUGUGUUUGUGACGAGGAAACCGCAUUAAAACAGGGAGGAGUGUGAUAUGAUCCUUUAAACCGAGCUGCCCCGUACACUGAUCCACUCAUUUAUAAAGUUAAAUUAAUAUAUUUUUUCAUACAUGUCUUUGGAUUUCUCUGUUACCCAAAUGACACUUAAGUGCUUUUUGCUUCGUGUUAAUAUGUUGUUGAUGAAAUUAUAAUUUAAUUCCACGUAGCGUUUGUUCAUUUCAGUUCUGUUUAUAAUUCAAGUUCAUGUGGAGGACCAGAAAUCAUGUUUAGUUUCAUAUCAGAAACACGUUUGUCUGCAAUAAUCCAUAAUAAAACUUUAAAUACAAAAUGA